AUGAACUACAAGUUUUCGAACCUCCUGGGUGCCCCGUACAGAGGCGGGAACGUCCUUCUCAGCGGCAAUGAGCUCCUCUCCCCCGUUGGUAACCGCAUCUCUGUCGUGGACCUCGCGGAGUCCACCAGCAGGACGCUGCCUUUCGAGAACGGCCAUCAAAUCCGCGUCCUAUGCCUCAGCCCCUGCGGCGGCCUGCUGCUGUCCAUCGACGAGGAGGGCCGGUGCAUCGUGAUCAACAAGCGCCGGAGGGCGCUGCUGCACCACGUCUCCUUCAAGGGGCCCGUCGCGGCGGCGAAGUUCAGCCCCGAUGGGAGAUAUGUGGCGGUGGCGGUGGGACGGAUGCUGCAGGUGUGGAAACGACCAUGUCUGGACAAGGUUGUUGCUCCUAUGGAGCUACACAGGAAGUUUGGCGGCUGCUAUGCAGACAUCACGGCCUUGGACUGGACGGACGACUCCUUUGGGAUCGUCGUGGGUUCGAAGGACCUCACAGUCCGGGUCCAUACAGUGGACAAUGUGCAAG